GUAACAGCGGCAGCGGCGGGGACCGAGUGGCCGUGACAGGAUGGCGACGCCGCCUGAGGCGGCCCCCCCGGCCGCGGACAGUCUCUCGGACGUGAGGAAGGCGGGUUACCUGAGGAAACCCAAGAGCAUGCACCGGCGCUUCUUCGUGCUGAGGGCGGCCAGCGAGCUGGGCCCGGCCCGCCUCGAGUACUACGAGAACGAGAAGAAAUGGAGGCACAAGGCGGGCGCCCCGAAGCGCUCCCUGCAGCUGGAGAGCUGCUUCAACAUCAACAAGAGGGCCGACUCCAAAAACAAAUACCUGGUGGCUCUCUACACCCGAGACGAGUACUUCGCCGUGGCUGCCGACUGCGAGGGAGAGCAGGAGAGCUGGUACCGGGCUCUACUCGAGCUCCAUAACCGGGCCAAGGCGCCCGAGGAGAGGGCCGAGAGGGACACCGGGCCCCCGGUGUCUGCGGACGACGGCCUGGGGGAAGCCAGCCCGGGGCCGGCCUUUAAGGAGGUUUGGCAGGUGGUGCUGAAGCCGAAAGGUUUGGGUCACAGUAAGAACCUGGUGGGUAUUUACCGGCUGUGCCUGACCAACAAGACCAUCAGCCUGGUCAAACUGAACUCGGAGGCUGCGGCCGUGGUCCUGCAGCUGAUGAACAUCCGGAGGUGCGGGCACUCGGAGAAUUUCUUCUUCAUUGAGGUGGGCCGGUCGGCGGUCACCGGGCCCGGGGAGUUCUGGAUGCAGGUCGAUGACUCGGUGGUGGCCCAGAACAUGCAUGAGACCAUCCUGGAGGCCAUGAAGGCCAUGAGCGAGGAGUUCCGGCCCCGCAGCAAGAGCCAGUCGGCGUCCAGCUCCAACCCGAUCUCGGUGCCCCUCCGGCGGCACCUCAAUAACCCACCGCCCAGCCAGGUGGGCCUGAGCCGCCGCUCCCGUACCGAGAGCAUCACCGCCACCUCGCCGGCCGGCAAGCACAGCUCGUUCCGGGUGCGAGCCUCCAGCGACGGCGAGGGCACCAUGUCCAGGCCGGCGUCCGUGGACGGCAGCCCGGUCAGCCCGAGUGCCGGCCGGACACACUCUCACCGGCACCGGGGUGGCUGUAGGCUGCACCCCCCUCUCAACCACAGCAGGUCCAUCCCCAUGCCGUCCACCCACUGCUCCCCUUCGGCCACAAGCCCCGUCAGCCUGUCCUCCAGCAGUACCAGUGGCCAUGGGUCCACCUCCGACAGCCUCUUCCCGAGGCGGUCCAGUGCCUCCAUCUCGGGCUCACCCAGCGAUGGGGGCUUCAUCUCCUCCGAUGAGUAUGGAUCCAGCCCGUGUGAUUUCAGGAAUUCCUUCAGAAGUGUCACCCCAGAUUCCUUGGGGCACACUCCUCCUGCAAGGGAGGAGCAGGACUUAAAUAACUACAUCUACAUGGGGAAACAUUCGAGCCUGGCUCCAAGUUGCCAAAACAGGGGCAGUCAAAGGUGGACUCCCAAUAAAGCUGAGGAUGCAGACUCCGACAAAGGGUUUAGGAAGCGGGCUCAUUCAUCAGGAACCUCACCACCCACAAUGAUGCACCAAAAGACCUCUUCUCAAACAUCUGCCACCACCUUUGAGGAGUACACAGAGAUGACUCCAUCUUGCCCCAGUGGUCGCUUGUCAUCCAGUAAAAAUUCUGCUUUUGUGCCUACUCACUCAUACCCCGAGGAAUGUUUGGAUCUCCAGUUAGGAGAAGGCAGACGUUACAGCCAAAUGGAUGAUGGUUAUAUGCCAAUGUCACCUGGGGUAGCUCCUGUACCCAAUAAAAAUGACUACAUGCCAAUGAGCCCAAAAAGUGUUUCUGCCCCACAGCAGAUUAUCAAUCCACGCCAACAUUCUCAUAAAGAUGGUUACAUGAUGAUGUCACCGAGUGGCAGCUGUUCACCAGAAAACGUGAACUAUGGGAAAAUAUGGACUAAUGUGGGCAAUUCUAAGCUUUCUGUUGAGAGUAAUGAUGGGAAAUUAUCAUGCAGUGAUUACAUAAAUAUGUCUCCAGCAAGUUGCUCAACAACAAGCACUCCACCAGACUGCUUCUUCAAUCCAGUUGAAGAACCUCAUAAACCCGUUUGUUCUUACUUCUCACUGCCUCGCUCCUUUAAACACGUACAUAGAAAGAAUGAUGAGUCCCCUUUACGGAUUGCUGUAAAUUCAGGCCGUCUUUUGUAUUGUGAGGAUUCUUCUUCGUCUACGAGCAGCGAUAGUUUAGGAGGUCAAGAUGGUGGACAUCAUACAGUUAACUCUGCUAAAAAGGAAUUGUAUGUACCGAUGAAAGGUAAACUUGUACGACCCACUAGGCUGUCACUCGAUAACACUAAGGCGAGUACAUUGCCCAGAACACGCGAGCAUCCCCUUCCUCCAGAGCCAAAAAGCCCAGGCGAGUAUGUCAAUAUUGAAUUUAGUGACAAAACUUUUUCUUCUAGUUCAUUGUCACUUGUUGAGCCCUCUUCAGUUGGAGGCAUGCAUUCUGUCCGACAAAGGCCACCUGUGUCAGAAUACAUGAAUAUGAAUUCAAGAAUGGACUCGUCCAAGUUUGGUUAUGUAUCAAAACCCACAGGGGACGUCACCAACUCUGCAACUGCCUGCGCAUCCAGCACCUGCAGAAAAGAUAGAGGCCAGGCAAGCUGUGAUUAUGUUAGUAUGCAGCUAGUUAACACCUGCACAGACUUGCUGGAAUCAUCAGUAAGUAACUAUAAAGAGAUGACAGUUGGUGGAGGUAUAACGUCUUCCAUUUCUGUUCUACCUCGGGCAGAAGAGAGCUCAUUGACCACUGUUUCUGAUGUCGUGGCUGGUCCUACGAUGGAUCAGAUUUCAGGGAGGAGUGCCUUUACUGUGCUUAAUCUUGUCCCUAAUCGAAACCAAGGUGCCAAAGUUAUCCGUGUUGAUCCCCAAGGAAGAAGAAGACACAGUUCGGAGACUUUUACUUCCACAGCCAAUGUGACUGGCAUGACCCUAUCUUAUGUUGAUCACAUUAAACGCCAUAGUUCAGUGUCCUUUGAAAAUGUGUGGCUUAACAAACCAGGUGAUUCCCUUGUUGCAGGUGCCAAAGAGCAACCAAAUGAUGCCACAGUGCAGAAUGAUUGUGAAAAUGUUAUGAAUUACAUUGAUUUGGACUUGGUAAACGAUUUUAAAAACAAAGGUUGGACCUCCUCUCAGCAUAUAACCCCUCAUCAACCUCAUGGAAAUACCUCUGGUGGUGGUGAUGAACUGAAUUCGUAUGCAAGCAUCACGUUCCAGAAACCGGAUGAAAUUGCUAAGCCUACAGAAAGGGAAGGUAAGGGCACAGAACUAAAUGCUAAUAUUUUGCUUU